AACCAGUUCAACGAGUGGCAUUCCCACGCAAACUCGCGUGAGACGUGCGUACCCAUUUCCGUGCCCACAGGAACUGAACAAUAAAAUGCCACGUAGGAUGCCUGCGAGAAGAUGGAGUAAAUCAUCAAUCAAGGCUGUCAGAGAUAUAGAUACAUGCGACACCAACUGACGACCGCGUGAGCACGCGGACGCUGCCGACUCCAUCGUCAGGCAUGACAGCCGAUCACCAUGGAAACCAGCAAGCGGGCGUUCAACAGAUUCACGGCGACGGAUGGGGCGAUCGCGUCAGCUCUAUUCGUAUUCGCCGUCGCCAUCCUCGAGGUUGGCAUGCAUUGGAGCAACGCCGGCAGCAGCAGGGUCCACAUUGACACGCCGGCCAGUCAACCGUGGUGGAAGAAUCGCCAUGACAACCACACCUGUCGCCACGGCAACGCGACGCUCCGCCUCUUCGCAACCAACGAGACUGCUUCGCCGCCAGAAGGCGCCGCCGCUGGCCCGCCGAAGCUGGUGCUGCUGUGGACGCAGAUCUCCGGGCAGGAGUGGUUCCCGCGCUACGGCGCGGCGCCCUUCGCCGGCUGCCGCGUCAGCAACUGCGCGGCGACGCGCGACCACUCGCUCAUCAAGCGCGCCGACGCCGUCGUCAUGAACUUCUUCAACGUGCAGCGGCACAGCCUGCCCGCGUACUACUCGCCGCGCCAGCGCUGGGUCUUCUACCUGCGCGAGCCCGCCUCGCACACCUACCUCAAGGUGCGCUCGCUGCGCGGAUUCGACGGCGCGUUCAACUGGACGAUGACGUACCGGCUCGACUCGGACGUGCCGACCGCGUACGGCGCGUUCCGGCGCCGCGCCGCCGCCGUCGACUACGACACGGACGUCGCGCGCCGCAAGAGCAAGUUCGCGGCGUGGUUCGCGACGCGCUGCCCGACGAAGAGCCGCCGCGAGGAGGUCGUCGCCGAGCUGCGGCAAUACGUGGACGUCGACACGUACGGUCGCGCGGAGGGCCGCUGCAAUCAGACGCGCUGCGACGACUGCGACUGGGACGCGAUGCUCGACGACGACUACCGCUUCUACCUCGCCUUCGAGAACGGCCUCUGCCGCGACUACGUCACCGAGAAGCUCUACCGCGGACUGACGCACGACGUCGUGCCCGUCACGCUCGGCGGCGUCGACUACGCACGACACGCGCCGCCGGGGUCCUACAUCGACGCGCGCGACUUCGACUCGGUGAAGGCGCUCGCCGACCACCUCCUCGCCGUCGCGGCAAACGAGACGCUCUACAACGCGUACUUCGACUGGAAGCGGCGCUACGUCGUCGGCGAGCAGAAGCCGGCGCCGUGGUGCCGGCUCUGCGAGAAGCUGAACGACGACGGCGAGCCGGCGAAGAUCUAUGAGGAUCUGACGCGGUGGUGGGUCGAUGACGCGCGCUGCGAGACCUACGUCGGCGAGCAGGACGGACACAUGAACUUCGCUCCCACCUUCGAGGUGUUCACGUACUCGAAGAAGGGCCACAGGACGAGACGGCGGGCGGCGUCGCUGGGGGAUCGACCGGUCCGCAUGAGCGAGGCGUAACUACCUAUCUUGUUGCUAGGGUGGCCGAGCUCCCGCAGCGCGUGUGUGCACGUGCUAGUCGUUUUUCUAUUUUUUUUUAAUCUCGAUGUUGCAGCACUUCGUUACUGUUUUUAUACUGGCCUGUAAUUAUAUUACUAUAUCUGUACUUAGGUACUGUUUUUAUAAUUGCCAAUCGACGUUUCGGCACUUCGUCCCUAGGUAAUGUUUUUAUAAUUGCCAAUCGCGACGAUGAUUGGCUAGAGCUGCCUGUCAAUCACGCCAGGCAAGUAGGUCACGUAACUCCCAGCGCUCAGCACUGGCAGAGGCUUUUGACCUUGAGGUUUGACCUUUUGAUCGUUUAGGACCUGUAGAGGUGAAUGUCCACUCGAUGGAUCCGUCAUUGAGAGGAAGGAAAUGCAAUACGACUUUUUAGAUCCUGGAAUAUAUGCUUAUAGGCUGAAAUCUGCAGACUAGCGUUGAGCAGAUUCCUAACAGCUACGUAGUAUCUUUAGUGCCAUUAUCAUGUAGAGGAGACUUCAUUGCAUCACACAGGAAAUUCACAAUUGCUUUAGCCAUAGAGGUAUUAUAAACAUUAUAAUACCGUAAACCCUACAGCUAAUGCUACCACUUAAUUAAUACCCUAUGUAAGAAAAUAAUAUGGUACACAAGAAAUACAUGUUCUGCACUAUUUCUAACUGUGGUACUAUCGACAUUGUGGUGCUUAGCAGCAAGUAAUCAUGUUCCGGUGGAGAUUGACCAUACUGUUAGAUUUCUGUAAUAAUAUUAUAACAACCAAGUGGCAGGCGCCAGGUUGAAUUCACUAACCACCAGCAGCUACUGAAAAUGUUUUUCAUAAUUAUGAAUAACAUUUUCAGCCUAUAGCAGUUUUCUGGGAUCUUAAAAGUUAUCGUGUUCACGUAUUUAUUCAAAAUCGGGUGGAUUUUUGACACACUUCACAACUGACAAUCGAAAUGCACAGUAUUUUUUUUUACAAAAUAAAACUAUUUGCAAAAUGA